ACUUUGAUAUAGUAUCUGUGAGCCAAUCAUUUUGGAGUGAUCACAUUAUUAAUAAUGAAUAAAAAUGUGCCAUUUUUCACUGAACUUAUUACAAUCAAUAGACUUUGACAGAUGACAUGAGAGUCAAAAGAGGAAUUAUACUUCAUUAUUUCAUCACUGAAUGACAUUGUAAAAGUGUGCAUCACAAAUUCUGUCGACCUCUUCUUUUCUACUCAUCUAACUGAGUCAAAUCAUUAAAUUAAAUAAAUACAAUAAGAUGCCGUGUGUACGUGAUCCAUUUCCAUGGUGGCUGCCUCUAGCUGUAUCCAGUUCAGUGGUGUUGAUUACAGUAUUCUUAGGUAUUUUUCGUUGGCUAUAUAAAAUAUACGCAAGACAUAAAAGAAUGAAAAUAAAAUCAGCACGACAAAUUAUACAGUAUAAGCAGUUAUCACCAUUCUCAAUGAAUCAUCAACGUUCAUUAAGCUUACAAAGUGCCAAUGAGGAUGCAUUCGAUGAUUAUCCUGGAUUAUUUAUUGACAAUAAAGAUGAUCAAGAAUUCGAAGAAUUUACUGAAUCAGAAGAGAAUAUAUCUUCAUUAUUUAAAAACUAUUCACCUGGUCGACAUUUAAUGAGUCGUUAUAAGAAACCACGCCGUAUUAAAACAAUGUACGGGAAAAAAGCUGAUGUGUCAUCGGUACCAGUGAUUAAAAUUAAUGAUGUAGGGCAGCAACACCAACAGUCACAGUCACUAACAUCAGCGAAGAGUAAUACAAGUAUCACUCCGUCAAAACCACCAACUGCAAAUUUGUCACCGCCGUCACGUUUACAUUCACAACAAGAUAAUUAUCUUCGUGAUAUUUUCACUGUCCAGCCAACAAACAAUGAAAUAAAUAUCUCUGAAAAUUCAACUCCAUCAUACUGGGAAGAAAAAAGGCGAUGCAGUUGGCUAAUCAACUGGUUCAGACAUACACGUUUAGGUAUGUCUGCAAGACAACAGUUGAAUAUGAAAUUAUAUUGUGAACGAUUUACCACUGUCUCAUAUCCAGCUGGUAAAAUAAUGCUAACCGUCUACAUCCUUCUCAGUACUUUCUCAUGGUUAUUUUAUGUGGUGGAAACCAGAAAUAACCCUCCAGUGAGUAUUCGUGGUAUCUGUCAUACAAUACGCUCGAAAAUUCUUAGUUGGAUGAAUUUCGGCAUCAAUUUAUUCUGUUUGGGUUAUUACAUUUUAAAGCUGUGUGCAGCAACCGACAGAAUUCGUUUCGUCCUUAGCUUUUCUUCGCUAAUUGAUAUAGUUGCAAUUCCUCCGGCUUUAUGUAGUGUGUUCGAAACACAUCGCCAUAUCGACCUAAAUUUUCUACGUUCAAUGUGCUUCUUAUAUUACGUUGAUAUACUUACUUAUAUGGGUGUAAUAACGUCGAAUCAAGGCAUUCAGUCGGCUCGUAUCAUGUUCACUCUGUUCACUAUAUGGAUGGUCGGAAGUGGAAUAAUGCAUGUGAUUGAGCAUCUGGGAGAUUUUUGGCAAAAUGAUAAUCAUCGUGGUUCAUGGAGUUACUUCGAGGCAUGUUAUUUCCUCUUAGUAACACUAUCUACCGUUGGGUAUGGUGAUUAUGUAACGCAGACAACAUUGGGGAAAUUAUUUAUUUGUAUAUUUAUACCAGUUGCAAUGGGUGUUUCUGCAAGUUUCGUGCCAGAACUAUUCCGUAAUUUCAAUAACAAUUAUGCCAACUCAUCCGACCGAUAUGAACCAAUUUCCGGUGAACGACAUGUCAUCGUUUGUGGAAAUUUUGACAAUGAUAGUAUAAGAGCUUUUAUCAAAGGUUUUCUUUAUGGAUGCCAGGCCAAAGGACGUGUAAGAAUAAACAUGGUACUUUUAAGACCACUACCACUAGAUUAUGCGUUGAAAGCAAUUCUUAGUCCUUACCACGCAUGGGUUCGUUAUUUCGUCGGCACACCCAAUAAUCCUCAUGAUUUAGCCAGAACCAAGUUGAAAGAGGCGCGCGCUGCAAUUGUUCUGGCGACACCAAAUACAAAGUUCCGUGAUGACGAAGAUGGUGCAAAUAUUAUGCAAGCUAUUGCACUGAAAGCUAGGAAGAAAAAUCUGCGUGUCAUUCUACAGCUUCAUAAUUUCAGAAAUAAGUGCCUGAUGAACAAUUUUCCACGUUGGACCUAUUUAGCAAACGAUAUGGUAGUUUGUAUGGAAGAGCUGAAACUGGGUUUGAUGGCUUACAAUUGCUUAGCGCCAGGCUUUUCAACACUGAUAGUUAAUCUCUUAAAUGCACAUGGAAGCAAAUCAAGGAUAUUUGAGUAUGAGCAAUGGAGAAAAGAAUAUGAAUAUGGAUUUCGUAUGCAACUGCAUGAUGUUGGUAUUAGUCAUGAAUUCUCAAAUUUAUUCAUGAGAGACCUAGCCAUAUUCGUUUAUGAAAAGUGGAACGUUAUCCUAUUGGCUGUACGCAUGAAUGGAUUAGAGAAGUCUUCAAUGAUAAUAAAUCCUAUCGAAGUAAACUGUCCGGUGAACAAUAAUUCAAUGCGUGCAAUAGUUAUUUCCAAUGAUUACAGUUCUGCAUUAAAUUUGCAGUAUUACUGCGUUACAUGCGAAGGACAUCUUAUUGGCCGACCCUGUAGAUGCAGACGACCCGUAUUAGAGAAGAGAAGAAAGUUGACGAUAGCUAGAGACCUGGCUCUUUAUGAACAAAUAGGACAGGCAAGAGAAAAUGCUGUAAAAGCUGAAACAUGGUCAAGUGAACAUAGAGCAGGAUCCUUUUUUCGUCAUUCAUUCACUGCGACUUCACCUGCCUUAUUAAAUGAUAAGAGGAAUAUGCUAUUUGAACAACCCCGUGGACGCAGUGAAACACGAAAGCCUGAUAUGAAUUCAAGAAAUUUAAUACAACCGAAAGAUAUUCCACCAAGAUGCAAGGAUUUCUCACCUGCCGAACGACCACCACAUAUAGCACAAGUAGAUCGUACUGGAUCAUUUCAUUGGGUACCAGAUAUGCCAUUAACAAGAGCUACAUUAAGCCCGAAUCAAGCAGCCAGUUUGAAUUUUAGCAAACAUUUCCUUGUUUGUGUCGCUGGGAAGUCGACAAAUGGACCACUUAAUUUGGAGAAUUUUAUUAUGCCGUUGCGGUUCCAUUGGCAGCGUGUUCGGGAUAUCGUAAUUUUAGGAGACAGUCAUUUAAUUGGUCCUUUGGAGUGGAUAAAGCUAAAGAACCUCCCCAGGAUUUACAUUGUUGAUGGAGAUCCAUGCAGUUUUAAUGAUUUACAUUCAGUGCAUUUAUGUCAAUGCAGUGCUUGUGUAGUACUUGGUUAUAGCGCAGAUGAACCUCACUCACAAUGUGUUGAUGCAAGUCUUCAAGACAGAAUCACGUUACUAUGUGCAAUGAAUAUUCGAUCACUGCUACAAAAGGAGCAACACUUAGUCCAUUUAACAACGGAAUUAAACUAUGAGAAGAAUGCUUACUUGUUCAGCUCAGGUGAUACACAUGAAAAUGAUUAUAAACUGCCGGUGUGGUUUAGUGAACCAUUUGCUAGAGGCAUAAUUUUCAGCAACACUUUGUUAUAUAGCUGUUUAAGUUCCUUCUUCUACAACGAUAACGUUUUUCGUUUCCUUCGAGUUCUAAUAUCUGGACAAUCAACUGAUGAACUGGAAGCAUCGUUUUCUGUUGGAGCAGGUCUUCAACAAGGUACAAUAAAGCAGUCCACUCGAAUGCCUGGAGUGAAAGUUUCCUUGCGUGGAUUCCAUCAUGCUCCUUUCAAAUUUUUGGCUAGAGAGCCACGUCGAAAACCAUUAACUUUCAAAGAAGUAUACAUGCGCUGUUUGACAUGUUGGCAAAUUCUUUGUCUUGGACUGUACAGAUGGCAGGAGCGUGGAUUUCGUUAUGUUAUAGCCAAUCCAAUGCCAGAUACCCAAAUCUAUGAAAAUGAUAUGUUCUACUGUUUCAUGUCAAUUGAUCAAGAUGAUACAAAUAAAAAUUGGAAAUUUUCAGAGAUUAUGCAACCACAGCCAUAUGAAAUUCACCCACAGGCUGAAUAACAAAGAGUGAGAAAAUACCAACAGUUUUCAACAAGGAAUUACAGAAGCUUUACUGUUGCGAACACGAAACACUAUUAAUCGAUUGCCAAUGUAUACACAGAAGUCAAUACUGAUAUAAAUAUGCACAGUUCAAAUGAUUACUUAUACCACCAGCUUUUUAUUUAAACUUUUUGUAGACAUUAAUUAAUGUGUUUAAAAACAGUAGUAGAAGUUUUUUCUAGGAAUACAGAAUAUUAUUACUAUUAUUAUUCACAGAAAAUACUUCUAAUCAUGUGUACAAAGCACGAACACUGUCUAAAAUAAGUGUAAAUUUUCUACCAAUUGAAAAUUUAUUUGCCGUGAAUAUGAUUGUUCCCAUUAAAAUAAAG